ACAAUCCCUGGUUUGAGUAGCCCCUCUUACCAAACACCCAUACAUUGCAAUUGGCAAAUGAACGGAACAAUCCCCGAUGAACAAACCCCACUGAAAGCAGCAAAUGUCAAGCUCCGAAACAUCGCCCUUUUCCAUUGUCUUCCUUAACUGAGAUCCCUCUCUUCUUCUUCUUCUUCUUCUUGUAUCCCAAAUAUCUCUCUCUCUCUCUCUCUCUCUCUCUCUCUGGGGGGAAGAUGGGUAGCAGCGGAAGAAGCUUCAGUGGAUUCAGAAUCCUCUUCUGCUGUCUCCUUUUGGUCUCCAGUGUGCACUCCUUCUACCUACCUGGCGUCGCUCCUCGCGAUUUCCAAACGGGCGAUCUCCUCUCUGUCAAAGUGAACAAGCUGUCAUCUAUAAAAACACAACUUCCAUAUGACUACUAUUUCUUGAAAUAUUGUAAGCCCAAGAAGAUUGUUAACAAUGCUGAAAAUCUGGGUGAGGUUCUUCGUGGUGACCGUAUUGAGAAUUCAGUUUACACUUUUCCUAUGGGACAUGAACAGUCAUGCAAAGUGGCCUGCCGGCAAAAGAUUGGUUCUGAAUCUGCAAAGAAUUUUAAGGAAAAAAUUGAUGAUGAAUAUCGAGUUAACAUGAUUAUGGAUAACCUCCCAGUUGCAGUUCUUAGACAAAGGAGGGACGGGAGUCAGUUAACAACUUACGAACAUGGUUUCCGUGUUGGUUUCAAGGGCAAUUAUGCUGGGAGCAAAGAGGAGAAGUAUUUUAUCAAUAACCACUUAAGCUUUAGAGUCAAGUACCACAAGGAUCCUGUGACUGACUCUGCUAGAAUUGUCGGGUUUGAGGUUACUCCGAACAGUAUUCAUCACGAGUACAAGGAGUGGAAUGAGGAGAACACUCAGUUGACAACUUGCAAUUCGGACACCAAAAAUUUAAUUCAAGGUAGCACUGUUCCUCAGGAAGUGGACACAGAUAAGGAGGUUGUAUUUACUUAUGAUGUUUCUUUCAAGUUAAGUGAUAUCAAAUGGGCAUCACGGUGGGACACAUACCUUCUCAUGAAUGAUGAUCAGAUCCACUGGUUCUCCAUUAUUAACUCGCUGAUGAUCGUCCUUUUCCUGUCUGGCAUGGUGGCUAUGAUCAUGAUGAGAACUCUAUACCGAGAUAUAGCCAACUAUAAUCAACUAGAGACUCAAGAUGAAGCUCAGGAAGAAACUGGAUGGAAGCUUGUUCAUGGGGAUGUGUUUAGGGCACCCAUCAAUUCUGGUUUACUGUGUGUUUAUCUUGGGACAGGUGUUCAGAUAUUUGGAAUGACUCUUGUUACAAUGAUCUUUGCAUUGUUGGGUUUCUUAUCACCUUCUAAUCGGGGGGGACUUAUGACUGCAAUGGUUCUCUUGUGGGUCUUUAUGGGCUUAUUUGCUGGUUACUCCUCAGCUCGGUUAUACAAAAUGUUCAGGGGCACAGAGUGGAAGAGGAAUACCUUGAAAACUGCAGUUAUGUUUCCGGGUAUUCUCUUUGCCAUAUUCUUUGUGCUUAAUGCUUUAAUUUGGGGUGAGCAAUCUUCUGGUGCAGUGCCCUUUGGGACCAUGUUUGCUCUUGUAUGCUUAUGGUUUGGCAUCUCAGUGCCAUUGGUGUUCGUGGGUAGUUACCUGGGUUUUAAGAAACCAGCCAUUGAAGACCCGGUAAAGACUAAUAAAAUCCCAAGGCAGAUACCGGAGCAGGCAUGGUACAUGAAACCGGUCUUCUCCAUACUCAUUGGAGGCAUUUUACCAUUUGGGGCGGUUUUCAUUGAACUCUUCUUCAUCUUGACGUCAAUCUGGCUGAAUCAGUUCUAUUACAUCUUUGGCUUCCUUUUCAUAGUCUUCGUCAUCCUAUUAAUCACUUGUGCCGAGAUAACGAUUGUGCUAUGCUACUUCCAGUUGUGCAGUGAGGAUUAUCAUUGGUGGUGGAGAGCUUACCUGACUGCUGGUUCCUCUGCUUUGUACCUUUUCCUCUACUCAGUUUUCUACUUCUUUACCAAGUUGGAGAUUACUAAGCUGGUCUCUGGCAUCCUGUACUUUGGCUAUAUGUCGAUUGUGUCGUAUGCUUUCUUUGUCUUGACGGGGACGAUUGGCUUCUAUGCAUGCUUCUGGUUUGUUCGGAAGAUAUACUCUUCGGUGAAAAUUGAUUGAAGCCCCAAGAAGGCAAGAAGGCAAAAUGGUGUGUGUCAGCUUUUGCAGCUCCCACAUUAUAGAGAGUAGACUUAGAAAGUUUUUCAUUCCCAGCCACUACAAAACUCAAAUUCGAUUUGCUGAUGGUAGCAUGGGGUUUGGCCUUGUACUCUUUUUUGCUUUUUAAAAAUAAUUUUCUUUUUUGCCCUGUAAUUCUCACUAAAUGUACUCUGGGACCCCGUAGUUCUGCACAAGAAUUAUAAUUAGUGAUGUGAAAUGUGUUGAUAUUUCCUGA